AUGGUGAAAGAAAAGCCCGUCGCCUUACGGGCGACCAAGACUCAGGCGCUCGAUGACCUGAUUAUGGGAACAAACAGUAGUAGCAUCGUAUCUAAGCGGAGCGUCGAACGACUUUACUACCCUCACGAGUUGCAUUUUUUCCGCUACUUCGUUCCCAAGUUCCAACGGAGAGCUCCCCUCAUCAACCGGGGAUACUGGUUGAGGCUACGGGCUAUUGAUGUGAUUGUGCACAGCUGCGAAGACACUGUAUUCCUUGACGUCGACUAUCCUGACUUGAUGCGAAAGAAGCGAGCAAUCGUUCUUGGAACACCAGAACUCAGGGAGCUGCUUGGGCCUGAACCCUACAUCAGCGAGAAAGAUACAGACCAUGUGCUUCUCCGCAGUGACAAGUACUGCCAGAUUGGAUGCGAUCUACGAGAGCUCGAUGCUUUGCGCCAGUGCCUCGAAACAUUUCUGCCCCUAUCUGACUGCUCAGUACUGUUUGUUGCUGAGGUUUCGAUAACUUAUAUGGACACAGCGUCAGCCGACGCUCUCAUCCAGUGGGCUAGCUCCAUUGGUCAAGCCGAGUUCUGCCUCCUUGAACAAAUUCUCCCUCAUGGCCCUGAGCAUCCCUUUGCAAGAACCAUGUUGAGCCAUUUCAACAAGCUCAACACUUCGCUCAAGUCAGUCCACCAGUACCAGACUCUUGAAAGCCAGCGGCAGCGGUUCGAAACCCGAGGUUGGGGCCAUGUUGAUAUUUGGGACCUCUGGGAAGCUUGGAACAGCGAGGUAUUCCUCAGUUCGGCCGAAAGGGCUGCACUCGACGAUAUUGAGCCGUUUGAUGAAUGGGAGGAAUUUGUCCUGUUUUCGCGGCACUACUUUGUCAUGCACGCCACGGCCUACCCCAAAAACGACCAAGCUACUGGGCGGUACAGCCCAUUGCCUACCCCUGAACGGGUUGUCAAGGUGGACAUGAACGCGCUCGGCUCCCUGGGAGCACCAAAACGUCGCUUUGGCGCUCCAAUGAUGGCUACGAGUGCGGAAGGAGGCCAAUACUUACUCAACACCUUGGGGAUGGGAAUAAGUGCAAGGCUUGAUUCCUGCGAUGUGUAUUCAGUUCAAGCGGACAGCCUACCUUUCCAGAUGGCCCCUGUCGGGCCGUCCGCGAGGCUGUGUCACACCCUCACGGAUCUUGGAUCUUCUGGGGUCCUGCUGGUUGGAGGCCGUGCCUCGCCGUCUCGAGCUUUUGCAGACUGUUGGCUCUUCAACCAAGUCUCCAACAGUUGGGAGAAAACAUUUGACCUUCCAGUCUCACUUUUCAGGCACUCUACUAUCCGCCUACCGAACUCAUCUCUGGCUUUAGUUUUCGGUGGCAAGACAGGGCCAUCCAAGAUAUCACCCGACUACCUUGUCUUCCAUCCCGUUAAAGGGUGGCUUAAAUGUACGGUAUCAGGCGUUGUUCCCGACCCUGUCUUUGGUUCCUCUGCUAUCACUUCAGUUGACGUGGCGAGCAAGCCGGGAACAUUCCAAGGUUUGCUAUGUGGAGGCAUCAUGGAAGAUGGGAAAAUCAGUGACAAUGCUUAUAUCUGGACUAUUGAUGUUACUGGUAUCGAGCCAUCUAUUCACUUCGAGAGUGUGACAGACUUUGACAAACAUGCGUGGGCGCUGUCCGUGUUUGGUGCUCAGUCGGUUGAUACAGGCCCUCUGACUGUCUUGUGCGGUGGUGUCGGACAAGACCCAUCUUCGCAAGGACAGUCGGUUGCCUGUGUCUCCCUUUCUGGGGGACGACUGACUACGUUUGCGGCGAUGUUGAGCGACAAAGUUGAGGAACUGCCCUUUAUGGUUGGAUCUUCGGCUAUUUCCUUGAAUUCUAGUCUUGUCAUUGUUGGUGGAGGGGCUACGUGCUUCUCGAUGGGAACAUUCUGGGACACGAAUGUUUACACGGCUGACUUUACGAAUGUCGUGCCUGACGCUUCUGGUCCACAGUCAACCAUCUGCAAGCCACUGAGUCUUGGUUACGCGGAUUCGCCCAAGCUCACACAUCCUAGUACCGAUGGAGCAGACCGACUCGUGCCACAAGGCAAAGCUACGAUCACGACGAUCCCGCGCGUUCAGUUGAAGUCGGGAACCGGAAUGGAGAAGCUGAUCCAAGAAAGAAAGCCGGUCAUCAUUGAGGGUCUGGACCUAGGCGGAUGUGUGGAGAAGUGGACGCCAGAGUAUAUGGUUCAGCGUUUGGGCGAGACAAAAGAGGUCAUCGUCCACGAGUCCCAAACCACCACGGGCAAGCUGGACUUCAACUCCAAGAACUUUCGCUACGUCACUGAGACGUUCAAGGAGUUUAUGGGCAAGGCAGCAAGGGGAGAGGGCCUAUACCUCCGUGCUCUCUCAGAAGAAAAGCCUUCCGAGGCGCCAGCGAAUCUUGCUGAGGACUUUCCCUCCCUCGCAGAAGAUUUUCGGCUUCCGACAGAGCUCAACUACAUCACUGAGCGACUGUUUAGCUCCGUAUUGAGAAUAUCUGGACGUGCCAACAUGUGGUUGCACUACGAUGCGAAGGUCAUGGCCAACGUCUACACGCAGAUUCGUGGUUCGAAACGCAUGAUACUCUUCCCACCUACUGAUGUCAGGCAUCUGGCAUUCGCGCCUGGUGCCUCAAGUUCAAGCCUGGAUGUCUUUUCUGCCCUUGACCAGCACCAGCUAGCGUUGACUCACCCAUACGAGGCGAUGCUGAAUCCGGGCGACGUCCUGUUCCUCCCUGCCAUGUGGUUUCACACGGCGACCCCAACGGCGGAUCUAAGCGUGGCAGUCAACGUCUUCUUCCGCGAUCUGGAGAGCGGGUAUUCAACAGGCCGGGAUGUGUAUGGGAACAGGGAUCUGGCGGCGUACGAGAAGGGAAGACAGGACGUCGCACGCAUAGCCAAGAGCUUUGAGCGGCUGCCCCCUGAGCUUCGUCACUUCUACCUUGCUCGACUUGCAGACGAGCUGUUGCACGAGCAGGCCUGA